AUUGUGUUGAUAGAAAGUCAUCUUACAUCUUCGCUUGUUUCCAUUCAAUUGCACCUACACAAGUAUUCAACUAUGAGCGGUCAACAGUUGUUCUUAACCGGCGCCAGUGGCUAUCUCGGCGGGGUACUUGUCGAACUGGCCAUUGCAGACGGCUACAAAGUCCACGCCCUAUCACGCAGUGAGGAAAGCGACUCGAAGUUGCGAGAUCUUGGUGUUGAACCGAUCCGAGGAGAUCUCACCUCAAUCGACGUGCUGAGAAGUGAGAGCAAGCAAGCCGACGUCGUUAUCAACCUAGCCACUGCCUAUGUCUUUGGCCAAGGGAAGUACGAGGACGCUUUGCCUAUCGACAACGCCGCCAUUGAUGCUAUCUGCGACGGUCUGGAAGGUUCAAACAAGCCUCUCAUCACUACUUCGGGCACCUUGUCGGCACAGGCCGAUCCCAAUGGCAACGAAACCAAUGAGGAUGCACCGCCAGAACCAAGCCAUCUCAAUGUGCGCAUCCAGGCCGAACAACACGCGCUGGCUCAAGUGAAGAAGCGAGGUGUCAAAGUGAUGGCAGUACGUGUGGCACCAUACACUUACGGCCGAGGCGGCAGCGGCGUAGCGCGUUUCAUGGGAAUGGCGCUGAAGAUGGGCGGCCUUCCGACUGUCAAUGGAGGCAAGAAUCGUACCACCUGUACACACGUGGAUGAUGCUGCGCGCCUGUUCCUGUUGGCUGCCAAGAAGGGUGAAGCGGGAGACCUAUUCAACGCCGGCUCUCAAACAGACAUCACUGUGGGAGCCAUCUUUACCGCAAUCAACCAUUCCGUUAACGUACCAGACAAAGAUAUUAGUUACGAGGAAGCUCUGGCUGGGUUUGGUGAGAACAUUGCUUGGUUCCUUCAGGCAGAGAAUCGUGCAUCAGGUGCGAAGGCAGAGAGUAAGCUGGGCUGGAAGCCGUUAGGAAAGCCUAUUAUAGAGGAAAUUAAGAGGGGAUCACUCUAA